AUGAGUGACAUAUCAACAAAACCAACAUUACCAUCGAACACUACGUAUUUUAUAAGUUUAAAAAAUCAAGCACCAGACCGCACAAUUUCUUUUGCAAUAUACCAAGAAUUGCCAAAUCUACCCCCAGGAUUUCAGAUAAUAGCAUGGCUUCAAGCGGAUGUCCCCCCAGAUGCUGAAUCAGUCGUUACAUUUAAUCGUGGGGAAUACAAUGUCGCCGUCGUGGAUUACCAUGACGAGACUGGGGUUGGAUUAUACAAAUCAAGUCAAAUUCUUUUUGCAAAAAUUGGCCAGAUAUGGGAAUUGAUUGAGAAAAAAGGAGUACAGCAAUACAAUAAGGAGAAUGUCAUUUCAACAAAUAAACAAGAAAUUACAAUCUCAUUACAUGAAGCUAAUUUAGCAAUCGGAGAAUCAAAUAAAAUAGCGAUUGUGCAUAAGAAAAUCAAGAAAGAUGAUAGCACAACUUUUAAAUUGCCCAAUCAAUAUUAUGUCGGAAUUUUUUACGAUUUAGUUAUUGGUCAAGGAAUCAGCAGUGAUAUAUGCCAUUUGUCGAAGCGUUUGGACUUGAAUACUGAAACUAAUCACUAUAUCGUCACGGCUAAAUUUGAUAUUGUAACUAGCAAGCUUUCGCUCGAAAUAGAGUCCGGUGAACGUUUCGAAAUUCCAAAGGAAGACAAUGACAAUGAUCGAAAUGAGAAGGUUUCAAAACUAUAA